AUGUUCCGAAACGGUCAUCGAAGUAGCAACAUGCGAGGAGGAGUUGGAAAGGGAAAACACCAGGGUGGUUUCCAUGGGGCAGGAAGAAAAAGCAGAAACGGCACAGACAGGUACUUCCAUGAGGGAGGGAUAUAUGGAAGAGACGCAGCCAACCAGGAGGAUGAAAACGGGCCACACACAUUUGGCGACGCGUACUACUACGACAACGACAGCUCGGCGGCGAGCGAGGAAGGAGAGGCCCCCAUGGAGCAAACCAACCCUGCAGAGGAAGCAACAAGUAGGGAGGAGCCCCGUGUUAACAGUGACCAGCAGCCCACCACGAAUCACGUGGAUUACGUAGAUUACGUGGAGUAUAUGAACAACCUCAAAAAGGGACAAGAUAAAAACUGUGCUGAAAAAGAAAACCCAUUGGACUCUUCCGAAGGGAAGGAAGAGGUUGGUGGACACCCGCCCAGUGACGAACAGGACGAAGGUGACCAGGACGAAGGUGACCAGGACGAAGCUGACGAGGACGAAGCUGACGAGGACGAAGUGGGUGAACCCCCAAAAGGAGUCUUCAGAAUUUUCCUUCUGUUCUCGCCCCUGGCCCUUACCAGCAUAGGAAAGAGAACGUGCGUUAUAAAUGCUGAUGAGCACAUGUCAUUGCUGGAGAGCAAAUUAAAAAAUGUGGAGGAUUCAUUAUCAGCUGCAAGGAGUACAAAGGAGCAGGUGUUCCUCAAGACCAAAGUGGAAGCAAUAGAAAAUAAACUCAAGAACGUACGGUUGGAUGUACUUUUUUUUACUUUGUUAAGUUUGCGUGACAGUAUUAUUAACAAAAGGGGCAAGCUGCAAAUUUAUGUGCAUACAGUUAACGGGUUACUAAUUUUUGUGUCUCCAUCCUUUCGGGUACCUCGAAGUUUUUCCCUUUUUAAAAAGGUCAUGUUAAAUUUGAUGCUACGGAAUGUCGUGCUCGACCCAGACGGGCGUCCCCUCCUGAAGGUUCUGCCCCACCCGGUCAAGCGAUACGUGGGAUCCUCCGUCUGCAUCGGCAUUUCGAACAUGGGUUUUCCCACAGACGUAAAAAAGCUAGCAAAGAAGAUCAAGGAGACAACGAACGAUUAUUCAUUUUUCCUUUCUCUGUCCACUGCAUUUGAUUUAACACACUUUAUUGAAUCAAUUUCGAAAAGCGACUCUGAGGCUUUCCGCUUGGAUUAUGUCAUCCGCGUGUCGGACCUCCCCCUGUCCACAGUGGCCGUUUGUUCCAAGCUGACCCAUUUUUUGAAUGACUAA